AUGAUCACUGAUUCUGGUAUGUCCCUAAAUUCCUCGGGGUUUCCCCCGUGUACUAAGUACGGUGACAUACCUCCUGCCUUACCUCUUGAGGAAUAUUCUGGUAUGGAAGGUACGUUAUGCAGUAACAGGACAGAUGGUUAUCCCAUUGAUAUGUAUGGUGAUGCUGCGACAAAGCGUUCAUCUUCAUUGAGGGAUUGUGUGACAAAUUACGAAUCUUAUCCAGUGGAUCAAACUCCAUUUGUUGAUCGUACUCAUUGUAAGACUUUUGACAAAUGUUUCGUUGACACUGAGACAGUGGACACGGCGGCUGACACUACUUCCUUACCUGAGACGGACUACCCUAUAGAUUCAUUUGAUAUAUACACUAAUGAUGGCAAUGGUCGUUAUUUGAACCAUGUUGCUCGUGGUACACCCGCUGUGCCUGAAGAUGGAUCAUAUGAUACUGUUCGUCCUGUAAUUCGUCUAAAGAGUACAUCGGAUUCCAACGCUGCUAUUGAUACUAGUGGGCAUUACAAAGUUUCUGCUCCUGCUACUAAUAGUACUAACGUCCGUACAAAGCGUUUAUAUCCAUGUGCUUGUCAGGGUAACGGUUUUGAGCCAGGUCACAAUUUGGAAGAUUUUAUGCGUUCAUCUGGUCAAUUGUACCACCCAUUUUAUAAAUCAGGUGUGCGUCAUGAUGGUUCUCUACAAUGUUCUAGUGAUGUUAUGGUAACUACUCCUUCAUUUUCUGGGAGUAUAGAUCAGCCUAUUAUGCGUCCAUUUGGUGUACCUGGCAGUUUACCUUCGUCCCAGAAUACCGACACGCAGUCUGAUAAUUCGGAUUUAUUUUUAACACCACCAUUAUCAAGUACAUCAUCAUGUUUUGCUCGUAAUUAUCAUGGUACAUCAAACUAUUGCGUGUACGUGGGUUCAGAAACCAACAGGUUGGCAUGUGGCUGCAAUAUAGCUCGUCCUAGUGGUGGUAACUGUCACGUAAGUCGGUGUCCUUUGGUGACAUCUGAAUUGGAGCCUUGUACUGAGCAUUGGCCGGUUUCAGGUUCAUCAAAUUUGCAAUCAUUGGUUCGUCGUCUUCACUGUGUGGUUGAGCGAUACAAGAGUUCUUCAAGUUGUUGUGAUGAGGCUAAGAUGGUUGUUGCUCCGGUUACUGCGCGUCGUUGGCCUAACGAGGGUCGUGUUAUGCGUGGUGGAUCUAGUGAUACAUUGUUGAACCGUAGUUUUGAAUACAGUAAGCGUAGUUGUACGGUUUCUAGUGAGUUUUCAGUUGCGCGUGAGGAUAACCCUACUCCGGAUUAUUACGUGCAGACUAGUUACGAGGAUUCUCCUUAUGACAAUAACUUUACUACUGGUGAUGUUGAGGCUCCGGUGUUACCUCGUAAGAGUCACUGUUCACCCAAGAGUAACUUUGGUCGUGAGCUUGAGAGCUCAUCUCGUAAUGAGUUUGGUCGUUUUGUGUCGACGUUAACUACGUCUCCGGGUUCCACUCCUGAGACUCGCACGCAAUACACUACGCCUAAGCCUAAGAAGAAGAGCACGCCUAGUAACACGCAAAACGGUGAGAAGGUGAGCGGUGUUUGGUACGAUGCUAACCGUCAUUUAUGGCGUGUUGUUUAUAUGAAGGGUAACAAGCGUAAGACUCAAGGUUUUAGUUCUAUUAAGCUUGGUUACGAGGAAGCUCGUCGUAAAGCGAUUGAGAUGCGUCACGAAAUGGUGGCUCUUCGUCGUACAGAUAAGAUUUAG